AUGGGCAGAGAUCCGGCACAGUUCCUGGUGCGUGUCAGUUCUGAUGGAACAGUACUCUGGCCCUUCUCGCGCACCAUAGAAUCCUCUUGCAAACUGAACGUCGCCGAUUUCCCCUUCGAUCGACAGGAAUGUUACUUCAGGUUUGGAUCGUGGGCAUUCACCGCAGACGAGCUGGAUAUAAUCAACGCGCAUGACAGCGGCGAUGUCGGUUCUUACGUAGAUAAUGGAGAAUGGAAUCUCCUGGGCAUGCGCGUAGAGCGUGAUUUCGCGACAUACCGAUGUUGUCCAGGAAGUUACCCCUUCGUGACCUUCACCUUGGUCCUGGAGCGCCGAUAUCUAUAUUACGUUUACAACCUGAUUUCUCCCUGCAUGAUCAUCACACUUUUGGGUCUAACGUCAUUCUUUCUUCCUGCGGAAUCUGGGGAGAAGAUAUCCCUGAACGUGACCAUUCUGUUAGGCCUGACCGUCUUCCUUCUGCUCGUGGCAGAAAUCAUGCCACCUCAGUCCGAAGUCAUCCCUGUCAUAGGUAUGGGGAUCGUAUUUCUUGUCACUUCAUGGAAGUUUCUUGGGCUGUGUAUUUUUGUCACCAGCCUGUCGACGACCAUGAGCGUCGUUGUGUUGAAUCUUUACUUCUGUGGUGCUCGGGAAAAGUCAGUGCCCCCGUGGGUCAGGAAGUGGAUUCUGGGAAAACUUGGUUAUUUACUCUGUGCCCGGAAAGUGCCACAGGGCUGCGAACAAUUCCACGAAACUCCGAAGGCCGAGUUGAUCUUCGUUAGGGGCCCAGAAAACAACCUGGUCUCGGACAGAACACCUAGUCCACCAACGCUAUCACAACGUCAGAGGAAACUACCAGUGGACGACCUGGGACUUCACCAUGAAGUUUUGCCGGACAAAAAGCAGGAAGGAACGGACUUGAUCAAAGACUGGCGUUUGGUGUCCCUCAUCGUGGACCGGUUAUUCUUCAUAUGUAUCUCUCUGGCAGAUUUUGCAGCUUUUUUCUAUAUAGUUCUCCCCUUAUUAGUACGGCGGCCACCUUGA